AUGAAGAUAACUUUCAAGGAUCUUAAGCAGCAAAAGUUUACGCUUGAUGCCGAGCCGACGGAUCUGAUAUCUGCUGUUAAGCAGAAGAUUUUCGCCGAAAAGGGAUGGGAUCCUAAGCAACAGAAGCUCAUCCACUCUGGCAAGAUCCUCAAGGACGAUGAGACCGUCGCCAGCUACAACAUCGAGGAGAAGGGCUACGUCGUGUGCAUGUUGAACAAGCCCAAGGAGAAGCCCGCCCCCGCCGCCGCCGCACCCCCCGCCACACCUGCCCAGACCUCGAGCUCAGCGACGCCGGCUGCCCCAGCUGCCCGCGCCGCCCCCGCCAGCACGUCCGCCGUUCCUGCCACGCCGACACCGCAGCAAAGGUCGACUGUUGCCCCGGCUGCCGGUGCCGACCAGGGCGCCGCUGCUGCUCCCGCCCUGGCCACAGGCACUGAGCUCGUCGAGACCAUUGCCAACAUGGAAGCCAUGGGCUUCGAGCGUAGCCAAAUUGAGGCUGCCAUGCGCGCCGCGUUCAACAACCCCGACCGCGCCGUGGAGUACCUCUUGACUGUUGGUUCCCGUCCCCCGGCUGCCGCCGCCGGAACCCACGACGAUGACGGUGACGACGAUGACCACGUGAACCUGUUCGACCUCGCCGCCCAGCAGGGAGGCGGCAACGGAGGCGGAGGUGGUGGCGGCAACCCCGCUGCUGCCGCUGCCGCAGCGGCGGCAGCGGGCGGUGGUGCCGGUGGAGACCUGGGGAAUCUGGACUUCCUCCGCAACAACGCCCAGUUCCAGCAGCUCCGUCAGGUGGUGCAGCAGCAGCCCCAGAUGCUCGAGCCCAUCCUGCAGCAGCUGGGUGCCGGCAACCCUCAGCUGGCCCAGCUCAUCGCCUCCCACCCGGAUCAGUUUCUCCAGCUGCUGGGCGAGGACGCCGACGAUGACGCGCCGUUGCCCCCCGGUGCCCAGGCCAUCUCCGUGACGGAGGAGGAGCGUGAUGCUAUUGAGCGGUUAUGCCGCCUUGGUUUCGACCGCGACCAGGCAAUUCAAGCUUAUUUUGCCUGUGAUAAGAACGAGGAGCUCGCUGCCAAUUUCCUCUUUGACCAGCCCGAUGACGAUGAGCCCCCCACGAAUUAA